CCGGCCCCGGCCCCGGCCAUGGCGGAGGGCGGCAGCGGCGAGGCGGCUCCGGCCGCGCAGCCUGAGGACUCGCCCUGCGCCCCCGGGCGGUGGGAGCGGCUGCGGCGGCGGGGGGCCGGGCUGGCCGCCGUGCCCUGGGCUCGGGCGCUGGGGCUGCUGGCGGCGCUCGGGCUCCUGUACUGGCUGCGGGUCCCGCUCCGGCUCCGGGACAACCUGGCGGCCGUGACUGUGUUCUUAAGCACUUUGACUCCAAAAUUCUACGUUGCACUUACAGGGACUUCAUCUCUUAUAUCUGGACUGAUAUUUAUAUUCGAAUGGUGGUACUUCCAAAAAUAUGGCACUUCUUUCAUUGAGCAGGUGUCUGUGAGCCAUUUGAGGCCGCUCAUUGGAGGAAUAGAGAAUAGUCCUUCGGUGCCAGGUUUUUCAGACAACAACGGAGAAAUCGAGACAAACAGGCAGAGUUUGUCAGAGUGCAAAGUAUGGAGAAACCCUCUUAAUCUUUUCAGAGGAUCAGAAUAUAACAGGUACACGUGGGUGACUGGGAAAGAACCGCUUACAUACUACGACAUGAAUUUGUCUGCUCAGGAUCAUCAGACCUUUUUCACAUGUGACACAGACUCUCUUCGGCCUUCAGAUACAGUUAUGCAGAAGGCAUGGCGAGAAAGAAACCCUCAAGCCCGAAUCAAAGCAGCAUAUCAAGCUUUAGAAUUAAAUAAUGAUUGUGCCACUGCAUAUGUUCUCCUAGCAGAGGAAGAAGCAACAACUAUUACAGAUGCUGAGAAGUAUUUAAACAAGGCACUAAAAGCAGGAGAAACAGUUUACAGAACAUCUCAGCACUGCCAUCCCCAAAACUCGCAGCAUGAGCGCAGCUUACGAAGAGACACCAAUGUAUUGGUUUACGUGAAAAGGAGACUAGCCAUGUGUGCAAGAAAACUUGGAAGAAUAAAAGAAGCAGUAAAAAUGAUGAGAGAUUUAAUGAAAGAGUUUCCACUUCUUAGUAUGUUGAAUAUUCACGAAAACCUUCUGGAGGCGCUGCUGGAAUUGCAGGCGUAUGCCGAUGUCCAGGCAGUUUUAGCGAAGUAUGAUGAUAUCAGUCUUCCAAAAUCAGCAGCAAUAUGUUACACAGCAGCACUGUUAAAGGCCAGAGCUGUUUCAGAUAGGUUCUCUCCAGAAACAGCCUCCAGAAGAGGGCUCAGCACAGCAGUCAAUGCUGUGGAAGCAAUUCACAGAGCUGUGGAAUUUAACCCUCAUGUCCCAAAGUACUUACUAGAAAUGAAAAGCUUAAUUCUACCUCCAGAGCAUAUUCUGAAACGAGGGGACAGUGAGGCAGUAGCAUAUGCUUUCUUCCAUCUUCAGCACUGGAAGCGGAUAGAAGGGGCCCUUAACCUGCUGCACUGUACAUGGGAGGGAACAUUUAGAAUGAUCCCAUACCCGUUAGAGAAGGGCCAUCUUUUCUAUCCCUAUCCCAGUUGCACAGAGACAGCAGACAGAGAACUAUUGCCAACGUUUCAUGAUGUCUCCGUUUACCCACAGAAGGAGCUUCCUUUUUUCAUCCACUUCACAGCAGGGUUGUGUUCUUUUUCGGCAAUGCUUGCCGUUCUCACACACCAGUUCCCUGAACUCAUGGUCAUUUUUGCUAAAGCUGUAAGUAUUGUCCAGUCCAGGACUUGCUUAGAGUAUUUGUGAGAUAUUCAGAAGCUGAGGGCCCUGUCUGCGCAGAUGUUUUGUGAUGCAGUAAAUAUACAUUGUCGUGCUUCUGAAAUUACUUGUCAUGCAACUAUUAAACUUGAUUCUUCACUUGGA